CUUACAGGCUCCCAAAUCAGAACACCUGCUUCUCGGAAAUGUGCACUCUGAUAUGUAAAAUAGAGGAGGACAGCCCAGCUCACUGUGCUGGCCUGCAAGCUGGUGAUGUCCUUGCAAAUAUCAACGGCGUGAGCACAGAAGGCUUUACCCACAAACAAGUGGUUGACUUGAUCAGAUCGUCAGGAAACCUGCUAACGAUAGAGACUCUUAAUGGAACAAUGAUUCUCAAAAGAACAGAGCUUGAAGCAAAGCUGCAGGUUUUAAAGCAAACCUUGAAGAAAAAAUGGGUGGAGUUCAGAUCUCUGCAGUUACAGGAACAGCGCCUGCUUCACGGUGAUGCAGCUAACUGCCUGAGUUUGGAAAGCAUGGACAUGGAGGAAUUGUCUUUGUUUGGAACCCUACCUGGUCCAGGCCCAGUACUUGUGGACCGGAAUCGAUUAUCCAGUGAGAGCAGUUGUAAGAGCUGGCUCAGCUCCGUGACGAUGGACAGCGAAGAUGGCUACCAGACCUGUAUGUCUGAGGACUCCAGCAGGGGAGCCUUCAGCCGGCAGACGAGCACAGAUGAUGAGUGUUUCGUCCCCAAGGAUGGGGAUGAUUUUCUGAGAAGGUCUUCGUUAAGGAGAGACCGGAGCAUCAGCACCACCAGCAGUGGAUCUCUGUCUCCCUUGUGGGAAGGCAACUUCUCAAGCAUGUUUGGGACCCUGCCUCGGAAGAGCAGAAAAGGAAGUGUCCGGAAGCAACUCUUGAAAUUCAUCCCUGGCCUUCACCGUGCUGUGGAAGAGGAAGAGAGUCGCUUUUAAGGGGUUGUGGUGCCCUUUCAAAUUAGCUCGUUUCACAAAUAUCUCUGGACUCAUCUAGAUCUACUCCACCCAGCUUAGUGGGAAAGUACAGAUGGAUUGCUUAACUGACAUCCCAUUUCACAGCAAUAAUGACCUUUAUUUAAAUUUUUGCAUCAUUGUUUUUGCUUCUUAAGUCAUUUUUCAACCAGAACAGCUGUUCUAAGCAAACGUUAGGGAAAUCGAGUAAUGAGUUAGAUAAUAUAACAAAUUAAUGCAAUUGCCUGCUCACUCUAAUGCUGCCUGUGAAAGCAAGAGUAAUAUUUAUUUUCUAGAUUAUUCAUGUGAAAAAUGGAGGACUUUUUGGAGUCAUAUGUAAAUAAAGGAGUUACAAAAUAUAAUAA